GUCCUCUCUCUCCUCCAAAUCGCGAGAAGACGAAUGGAAUGGAAACGUACGUGGCCGACACAUAUUCGAUCUCGAGCAUGAUGCGAUGAUGAGGGUUCGCGAGAGGGCAAGGGAUGUCCGCCCGGCGGGGCUGAGGCUGUCUCCACCCUCGUGAACAGAAGGCGAGGCAAAGCGGGCGAGAAGAACCUCGAGAGCCCGUUGAAAAUUCGCUCCCAUCUGGUGGCGAAAGAAGAAAACGAAAACGAAAACGAAAACGAAAACGAAAAGAAAGGAAGGGAGAAAAUGUGCGGAUUCCUGUACGCCCUCGUGUUACUUCUGUCGGUGGUCGACUGCCUGCAGACCAGCGGCGUGACGAGGGGGGGCAGCGGUAUUCAGAUAGGGACCAGCGAUCGCAGCGCGUUCGGGAAGGCUACAGGAUACGGGGGGCGUGGCCACUCGGGCGUGAAACUCGGCGAGGCGAGAUUUCCCAAUUCGACUAGGCAGAGACCGUACACCACCCCCUCCUCGACCACGACGUGGUUCACCUACGCGCCACCGUCGGCCGACAAGAACGGGUACAACAGCACCUUGAAGGUGGGCAUGAUGGUUCCUCACAAGUCCUUCGAGGUGAGGGAGUACACGAAAGCGGUGACCUCGGCUAUCCACACGUUGCAGAAAAGCAAAGGGCGGAAAUUGAGACUUUUCGAGCGGUACGACAUCCACGUGAAGGUGGCGAUGAAAUCGCUCACGCCGAGCCCGACCGAGAUCUUGAAAUCGCUGUGCAACGACUUCCUCCCGAAAAACGUGUCGGCCAUCUUGUACCUGAUGAACUACGAGACGUACGGGCGCAGCACGGCCAGUGCCCAAUACUUUCUCCAGCUUGCCGGUUACUUGGGGAUUCCGGUGAUCGCGUGGAACGCGGAUAACUCGGGAUUGGAGAGAAGGGCGUCGCAGAGUAAUCUGCAGUUACAGCUGGCGCCAUCGUUGGAGCAUCAAACGGCCGCCAUGCUGAGCAUCCUCGAGAGGUACAAGUGGCAUCAAUUCAGCGUGGUCACCUCGCAGAUAGCUGGCCACGACGAUUUCGUGCAGGCGGUUCGCGAGAGAAUAUCCGAGAUGCAGGACACCUUCAAGUUCACGAUAUUGAACGCGAUCCUGGUCUCAGAUAUGCGCAAUCUCAUGGAAUUGGUGAACAGCGAGUCGAGGGUGAUGCUUCUAUAUUCGACCAGGGAGGAGGCGAUCGAUAUAUUGGACGCUGCCCACGAUUACAAAAUCACGGGGGAGAAUUACGUGUGGGUGGUGACGCAGAGCGUGAUCGAGAAUCUCCAGACGCCCAGCCAAUUUCCAAUCGGAAUGUUGGGUGUGCAUUUCGACACGAGCACGGAAAGUCUGGUGAACGAGAUCACGACAGCAGUGAAAGUUUACGCGAACGGAGCCGAGAAUUUCUUGAACGACCCGGCGAACAAGGAUCACACUCUGAACACCAAGCUGAGCUGCGAGGGAAGGGAAUCCAGGUGGAACACCGGGGAUCUGUUUUUCAAGUAUUUGAAGAACGUGUCCGUGGAGGGGGAUCAAGGGAAGCCUAACGUCGAAUUCACCCAAGAUGGCGUUCUGAAGUCGGCCGAACUGAAAAUCAUGAAUCUUCGUCCCGGGUUGAGCAAACAACUUGUUUGGGAGGAGAUCGGCGUGUGGAAAUCGUGGGAGAAGGAGGGGUUGGACAUCAAGGACAUCGUCUGGCCAGGCAACACUCACACGCCGCCUCAAGGUGUCCCGGAAAAGUUUUAUCUGAAAAUAACGUUCUUGGAGGAGCCGCCCUACAUCAAUCUCGCGCCCCCGGAUCCAGUGAGUGGAAAAUGUCUGAUGGAUCGUGGCGUUCAUUGCCGCGUGGCCAAGGAUUCCGACAUGGAUUCCGAGAUAGACACGCAAUCGGCCCAGAAGAACGAGAGUUUUUUCCAGUGCUGCAGCGGAUUCUGCAUCGAUCUUCUGCAAAAGUUCUCAGAGGAGAUCGGGUUCACUUAUGAGCUCGUCAGAGUGGAAGAUGGGAAAUGGGGCACGUUGGAGAAUGGGAAAUGGAACGGUUUGAUAGCCGACCUGGUGAAUCGGAAAACAGACAUGGUGAUGACAUCUCUGAUGAUCAAUUCGGAAAGGGAAGCUGUGGUCGAUUUCACGGUGCCGUACAUGGAGACAGGUAUCGCCAUCGUGGUGGCGAAGAGGACUGGUAUAAUAUCUCCCACUGCCUUCCUCGAACCAUUCGACACCGCGUCUUGGAUGUUAGUCGGGAUCGUGGCCAUACACGCGGCCACGAUAAUGAUACUUCUGUUCGAAUGGUUGUCACCAUCCGGUUUCAACAUGAAGGUAAACCCUUCAGACGCUGCGCAGAAACUAUUGAAGAAUCCAUCGCCCAACCAUCGGUUCUCCUUUUGUCGGACGUACUGGCUGGUCUGGGCCGUAUUAUUUCAGGCAGCCGUCCAUAUCGAUUCUCCCAGGGGAUUCACAGCCAGAUUCAUGACAAACGUGUGGGCGCUAUUUGCCGUGGUGUUUCUCGCCAUUUACACUGCCAACCUGGCCGCAUUCAUGAUCACGAGGGAGGAGUUUCACGAAUUCACGGGCGUGGACGAUCACCGUUUGGCCAAACCUUGGUCCCACAAGCCUAUGUUCAAGUUCGGUACGAUACCUUGGAGCCAUACCGACAGCACGUUGGCCAAAUACUUCAAGGAGAUGCACACGUACAUGAAGGAGUUCAACAAGAGCAGCGUGGCCGAAGGGAUCGAGGCGGUUAUCAGCGGAGAGAUGGACGCGUUCAUCUACGAUGGAACGGUCCUCGACUACCUGGUGGCGCAGGACGAGGACUGCCGGUUGCUAACCGUUGGAUCUUGGUACGCCAUGACCGGAUACGGCCUCGCCUUCUCCAGGAACUCCAAGUACCUGCAGAUGUUCAACAAACGUCUCCUCGACUACAGGGACAACGGGGACUUGGAACGGCUGAGGAGGUACUGGAUGACGGGGACGUGCAAACCCGGCAAAGAGGUGCAAAAGAGCAGCGAUCCCCUGGCGCUCGAACAAUUCUUGUCCGCUUUCCUUUUAUUAAUGAUGGGAAUCCUUCUUGCCGCUGCCUUCCUGCUAUUGGAACAUUUGUAUUUCAAAUACGUAAGGCAGCAUCUGGCGCGAAGCGACGGCGGCGGUUGUUGCGCGCUUUUCAGCCUGAGUAUGGGAAAGUCGUUGACGUUCCGCGGCGCGGUGUACGAGGCGCAGGAUAUCCUGAGGUACCACAGAUGCAGGGAUCCGAUAUGCGACACGCACUUGUGGAAGGUGAAGCACGAAUUGGACAUGGCCAGGAUCAGGAUACGGCAAUUGGAGAAGGAUCUUGAGGCUCACGGGAUAAAACCUCCCCAGGCCAAAUUCAUCGACGCCAUCGACGUAGCCAGACCCAGGGACAUGACCAGGAACCAUGUGGUCAGCACGGAAUACGCCAGCAAAUUUUUACCACCCGAGAUCUACAGGACCCCCGAGGACGGAACGGGCAGGACGGAAAUCGCCGAAAUGGAGACAGUUCUGUGAUCGUAGAGAGCCGGCCACGAUUGCCCAGCCACGUCAGCGCGAUCAUAAGCGUCCCCUGUGGAGCGGAAAAAGUCUCGCCUCCGCUUCCAAUUUCUCGACAACGAGUUUUCGCCUCGUGUUGCCUCCUCGUCGCCGCCGUCGCCGCCGCCGUCGUCGUCGUCGAGGUCUCUCCAUCCCUCGAAAAAACCCUCGAGAACUUCGAGGCUCGAAGGAUCGAAGAGGGUGGGAAUCAGUUUAUUAGAGGGGGGGGGGGAGAAAAGGGAAAGAAAACGCUUCGAGUUGCACGAGAAGGAACGUUCAGUGCCUAUGAAGAAUCGAGAAACAUCGAGAUCCACGAGAUCAUUCUUCUCAAAAUAAGAAAAAAGGGGAAAAAGAAAGUGAGAAGAGAAGAGAAAAGAGA